GUGCACAACAUCGACCUCGAGGUCAGACUUUCGCCUGAACGACUUUCGCUCGCCAUAUGCUGGAUGGGACACACUUGCGGCAGUCGUGGUACGCCUCGCUCGACGAUGCCCAGGCCAACUUUCGACAACUCCUAGCUUCCCAUUCUUCAUCGGAAUGGAAGCGCAUCCCUGUGCCCAGCGAUAGCAAUGGCAAAGGAAAGGCUCGUGCCUCACAACCUGAAGUCACUGAUGUAAUCAUUCAUCGCAAGGCUAACAAGUCUGCCGAGAGUAUAUACAGAGCUAUCCUUGACGUGCCAGCGGGUGAUGCUCCAGUCUCGCUAAAUAGCUGGAAAGCGGUUUUAUCCACGCCGGAGCUUCGGAAAGAAUGGGACCCCGCGGUAGAAGGUGCGCAUCUCGUCGAAAUGCUCGACCCGAGUACCAAGGUCUCCAAGAUCAACUUCACGCUUGGCUGGCCUGCCAAUCCUAGAGACGCUGUGACGAUAUCCCGCAGCUUCAGCGACGCUACAACUUUGAUCGACAUCUCAACGUCUCUCCCGCGCUCUCCCGAUGAGCCAGCCUACCUGCGUCCUUCUCCUCCAUACGUGCGAUCAGAGGCUACGCUCUUCGCAUGGUGUAUUCAACUCACUGGCGAGCAACCUUCGUCUAAGCACGAACCUAGGCUGCGCAUUACCUGCUUUUGGCAGCAUGACUUCAAAUCGCUUUGGACAUUCAACACAACUUCCAGUCUCGCUCAGCAACUUUGCGCUAUGAUGAUCGGCCUCUUCAAGACGGUGUGCACGCGUGGCAAUCGCGUCCCUCAGCUCACCGGCUAUGGCAAUGGAGUAUCCGUUGAGCGCCUGCGAUUUGAGAUCGAUCGUGAGGCACUCCAACUGGACUAUUCGGUUGUGCCAGAAGAUGAAGAUCACAUACCACACACGACAGAGCAAGGCCUGGACGAGCUACACGCGAUACGCGAAUACAAAAGGCUUACGCGUUCGAUUGAGUGCGCGGUGCCUGGCGCGGUUGGCUGGGAUGUCCAAAUCACGACGAAAGCCUCUUCUGAUCACGUUGCAAAGCUUCCAUGGACGGCUCGCGCGACACGGACUGCUUCUGGAUCUCAGGGAUCAGGCUCGACUACCGCCAAGGACGAGAAUAUUGUAUUUGCGGUCAAGCAUGCAUCAUUACCAGACGAUCACACUGUUCUGAAAGUCAGGGUCGUUAUCGAGGCCUCUGGGUCCUCUGGUGGGAUUCGCUUGAAUGGCAUUCCUCAGCCAAUAGAGCAGGUUGAGGAGCGGGAUCCACUUUCGUACACGAUCUCUCAGCAGGUGUUGCAAGAUGCUUCUAGCACGGCCGAUAUGAGCCUCAAUACACAUUCAUCUGUUGGGACGGUUGCUGAGAGCGCUUCCAGAUCGUCCACACUGGCGGAACGGCCGCCUCUGGGACGAAUGCAGACCGAACGCACGGCAGCGGCGGAGAAGUCUAUCAUGUCCAGGGUGAAACGCAAUUACAUCUACUUCUCGUCUCUUCUGCAGGAACCAGAAGCGAAGUGGAGACGCACUAUGGAGACGCGAGGAGUGUCCAUAGCGCAACUUGACUCGAUCGACCCGACCCUGGUGGUGUACCGCGCGGAGUCAACGUUCGUGGGCCUCGGGCUGUGGGAUCUCUACGCUGCCGUUGCAACACCGGGUGCGCGUGCGUACUGGGAUAGAUUGUAUGAUGAUAGUACCCUGCUUGAGCAUGUCAAUGAGCUGACGGAGCUGUGGCACUUCAAGACGAAACCUGCGUGGCCUGUUACUGGACGAGACUCGGUGGUCCUUAAAACGGUGUACAAAUCGCCGACUACAAUACAUGUGUUUGCAUUCUCAGCAGACGACCCAAAUCUAUUUCCCAACAUACCCCCUGUUGACCCAAACGUGAUCCGGACGCAGAUCGACCUGCAAGGCUGGGCCAUUGAGGUGCUGUCUCCCACCACAACACAGCUAACCUUACUCGAGCAGUCCGAUCCAAAGGGCUGGUCUAACAAGACGUCCAUCCCACAUCAGAUGAUCGCUACCGUAGCGGGUGUCGGCGAGUUCGCCAUCAAGUGUGGAGGACCACCGAUCAUCACGCGGCUGGAGGGCGCAAAGGCGACGCAGAUGCGGUACGACCACGAGCGAUGGAACUUCCGCGUCGAGUAUGAGGCAUGUGCAGCCAGUCGGAGGACAAAUGAGCCGACGUCGGAAGAGACGCCUGCGACACCCACAUCACCUGCGUUGCCCGUCAUCGAGUGCGAGUUGCGGUGUGAUCUAGAUAACUGGGCGUCUUCUCUGGAUAUUGUGGUCGAUCCGCCACCGCAAUCGAUAGCGUGUCUCCGGCGACACCGUCUAUCUUCCGGUGGUGGCGGUCUAUGGCUCACGAUUACUCACGAUGCGGUCUUCACGGACGACGAUCGAUUGCAAAUAAUCGUGCGACGUGGCCCUGGCGUGGCGAAGGAGAAGGGGCUGGUGAUGGUGAAUGGUGCAAAGGUAGAUGUGGAUGUGGAGGAGCUGGCUGAGCGCGAAGUGAAGAGCCUGCAGAAGAAGAAGCGUGUCAAGCCUCAGCGCGUGCCGCUUGAUCAGCCUCCCGUCCUUGGCGUCAUACGGAGACGGAGGGCGGAAUGGAAUGCUGAUGCAGAGACAGAGAAUGUCGAGAACGAGGAGGAGGGGGACAAGCCUAGUCUGUCGGAGGGCAUUGUCACUUCUGCACCGACUUUUGCUACCUCAUUCAACCGCUGGUUUAAUUAUGCGGUUGAGCAGGCGACGACGACCACGCAACAAGCUGUCGCUGCUAUCUCGCCUGUCGUGACGAGCUUCGCUGAAAUCUCGCCUCUUGCAUCCAAGCCGCCAAUGCAGUACGCUCUUGAGGCACUCACAUAUCUCCAGAGCAUUCACUCGCGAGUGCCUUCCGACGAAUGGACGCUGGUCAACGAGAAGGACGUGCCUGUCUACCGGAAGGUGGAUGCGGAGAUAUCGCCCGUCAUCCCUGUACAUCGAGGCGAGAGGGUUAUUGAGGGUGUGGCCGCAGAUGAGGUUGCGUCUGUUCUGAUGAGCCAUGAUUGCCGCAAGCAAUGGGACACGCGAUUCGACUCUGCUCAGGUGUUCGAAACGUUUGGCGCCGAGAUGCACACGGAGUUUGUGAUCAUGAAAGGCGGUUUCCCGUUCCGCGACCGAGGAUUUUACCUUGCUUCGUUGAUGGCCAGAGGGAGCAUCGUGCCUUCGCUCUUGCGCCGGAACACAGGCGAAUCAAGCGAGACCCAGGAAAGCAGGGCUGCCAUAUACUGCGUCUCGGCGUCUUUCUCUCCUGACUCCGUAGCAGGGUUCGCGCCGUCAAAGUACAAUUCCUAUUCCUUACCCAUGGGACGUGUCUUCGUGGACGGCUGGAUACUGGAGACGCUGGACCCUUAUGGUGCGGAGAACUAUGCUAUCCCGUCGACUAGAUGCACUCGAGUCGUCGCGGUAGACUUUGCGGGUUCGAUCCCUGCUGCCGUAAACGCAUCGAUCAACAGUAUGCUGCCGAAGUCUAUCUUGGCCGUAGAAGCAUAUGUGAAGAGUAUCUCACCGCCUCCAUCACCCAGAUUGCCGGCGGCUGGAGUGAUACUCUCGCAAGCGACAGAAGGUCUAUUGAGGCACAAGGCGUGGACACUGCGACGCCGAGAUCCCCAUCGCGUGCUGGUUGUUCACAGAUACAAUCCUGUGGACAAGGUAUUCAAGAGUAUGGUAUUGCUCAACAGUUCGACGGCUCUAUCACGGCGACCACUGUCUGUUGCACUUGGUAAGAAUAACAAGACUCGCGCAGCUGAUGAACGCCAGAUAUCACCUGUCUCAGACGAAGGAACACAAAGACAGAGCCGCAGCAAAGCUACCUCAAGCGUCAGCCCCGACUCCUCCACCCAGCAGACUGACAAGAAGUCUCCAGAUUCCGCUCGAUCUCGGUCGCCAGACGGCGUUCGUUCAGCCACCAUGUUCACCUCCAGGGGAGAAGUACGCCACCCGGCGAAUCUGCUCGUCGCGGAGCUGAUUGUGGACUCAAAACUUUAUCCGGAUGGAUAUGAAAUCCACGUCGCAUCAUGUAUCGACAAACUAAAGGAACGGAUCUCGCUAUCUUCGCCACUUGGCGACAGGCGUUCCGAACACACGCUGCCGUUCGUAUACACCGUGUACACGCUCCCGUCCUCACCGCUGCAUUCAGCGGGACUGAACACAGAUCGUCCGCCGCGCCAUCUCCUUCGGCUCACGCUCCCUACGGCGCAGUACCAGGUAUCCACUAUUAAUGAUCCACUCACAGGGGAGACGCAGAGCGCCCCGCCGAAGCCGCAAUGGCUAUUGGAAAUGGAAGAAGGCUGCGUUAUCCUGGAUAUCGAGAUAAAGCCGGCGAUUGCAAUGCCCUCCGGGAAGAAAACAAUAGUUCUGGUCGAUGGAAGCGCCGUGCCAGUCCUUGAUGAGAAGGAAUCAUUGACGAGUCUCGGAAGGGAUGAGCUACUGGAUAGCCGGGCGUCGAAGAUGGAUUUGCUCAUUGGUUCAUCAGGAGAGGGUGACCACUUUCCGGAGGAACUGCAGGUGCCCAUUGCUGUGGCGGAUGAUCUUUUGGAAGUCUCGGCACUGGCUCUGCAGAACACGCCGAAGGUCGAGACGCUAGAGAACGACAGCACAGAUGCAGCGCAGGAGAUGACGCCAGAAACUGGUGCCAAUAGCGUCCCGCAAGUGGUAAUCUCUGCGCCCGAAGCGCCGGCACCUGACUCGGGCGGGCUCAUGCGUUUCCUGAACGCGUAUUCCAGCCCGUGGACACGCUUUACAGGGCAGUCACGGCGAUCAAGCAUGACUUCGAGCCCAGCUCCUCUGCCUGGAGCGAUGCCUCGUUCGCCCCCGGAAGAUAGCAUUGGUAAGGAUGUCUCCGCUGCAUCGGAAGCUCAGAGCGAGCAGGUGGGGCUGUUGACGCGCAAUGCGGCGAACAGGAUGUACCCGCUGUCGACGGUGGUUAUCAUUGCGCUUAUCGCAUUCCUCAUGGGCUCCUUUCUGCGCUCGCUGUUGUCGCCGGCAGAUUUUAUCUACGUGGUAUCGGACCGCAAGGAGCUGGAGGGCAUGAACACGGGGUGGCGGGAGAUCCGGCGACUGCUGGAGGUGAAGUACAUUGUGGGUGGUUGGGACUUUCAGAUCGCGGUGGUACGACGACAGUGACGAGAGUUUGAGGACAUGACUCGCUAAUCUAAUAUCUCCUAAUAUUAGCCAAUAAUGCAGAUGAUGUACGAGCUAGCAGUUUCUGUCAUUUGCCGAUGUUUCGCGGGGUGAGAAGGUG